AUGGCGGAUAAGGACCAAGCUCGACCUCUCGCCCCAGCUACUGACUGCCGUCCGAGCAACGACGACUACCAAGAAAAAUUGCAUCUAAAGAGAAAAAGAAGGUUCAUAAAACUCUUCUGUUUCAUAAUUGGCCUUCUCGUAAUUCUAUCGGUAGUAGUCAUCCUCAUCUUGAUAUUCACUCUAUUUCAAGUCAAGGAUCCCAUUAUUCAAAUGAACAAGAUUUCAAUCACAAAACUCGAGUUGAUCAACGGUAUCAUACCAAAGCCAGGAUCCAACGUGUCAUUGACAGCUGACGUGUCAGUAAAAAAUCCUAACAUGGCGUCGUUCAAGUACAGUAACACGACGACAACUCUAUACAUUAACGAGACAGUGAUAGGGGAAGCUCGAGGGCCGCCGGGGCAAGCCAAGGCACGACGAACGGUGCGAAUGAACCUUACUAUCAACAUCGUCGUUGACCAACUCUUGUUGAACCUUAAUAGCGACAUGAGCUCAGGGAAGCUAAGAUUGAGAAGCUUUUCGAGAGUUCCGGGGAGGGUGAAACUAUUACAUAUUAUAAGGAGAAAUAUUAUUGUCAAAAUGAACUGUACGUCCACGAUCAAUAUCUUCAACAAAUCGAUUGAAGAUCAAGAUUGCAAGAGGAAGGUGAAGAUAUAG